AUGGCUCUGCGGAGGCUGCUGAGUCUGCGGGGGGUCCUGGGGCGCCGGAGCUGCUGCUCCAAGCAGCCGCUGCCCCCCGACUUCGUGAAGGCGCUGAGGGCCGUGGUGGGGGCACCCAACGUGUCCACGGCCACGGUGGUGCGGGAGCAGCACGGGCAUGACGAGUCCAUGCACGACUGUGCCCCGCCAGAUGCUGUGGUGUGGCCCCAAGCUGUGGAGCAAGUGCAGGAGCUGGCAGCACUCUGCCACCGCUGCCACGUGCCCAUGGUGCCCUUUGGCACUGGCACCGGCCUUGAGGGCGGCGUCAAUGCCGUGCAGGGUGGCGUCUGCUUCGACCUAAGCCGCAUGGAUGGCAUCACAGAGCUGAGUCUUGAAGACUUCUCAGUGAUGGUGGAACCUGGUGUCACCCGCAAGGCCCUCAACAAACACCUGCGUGGCACUGGGCUCUGGUUCCCCGUUGACCCUGGGGCGGACGCCUCGCUGUGCGGCAUGGCAGCCACGGGCGCCUCGGGCACCAACGCCGUGCGCUACGGCACCAUGCGGCCCAACGUGCUCAACCUGCGCGUGGUGCUGCCGGAUGGGCGCCUGCUCCAUACCGCCGGCCCCGGACGCCAGGCCAGGUGGGCACCUGGAGGGCAGGAGGAGGUGGGAAAAAGGGCCAGGAAGGGGCCAGGAUGGGUGCCCACCAGUGCCUGCUCACCAUCCUCCUGCAGGAAGCGGGCAGCUGGCUACGACCUGACCUCUCUCUUCGUGGGCUCCGAGGGCACGCUGGGCUUCCUGACACAGGCCACCCUGCGCCUGCACCCCCUGCCCGAGGCUGUGGCCGUCACCAUUGCCACCUUCCCUGGCGUGCGGGCAGCCGUGUCCUGCACCGUCCAGGUGCUGCAGGCGGCCGUGCCUGUGGCGCGCAUCGAGUUCCUGGAUGAGGUGAUGGUGGAGGCCUGCAGCCGCUUCAGCAAGUUGGAGUUGCCGGCAGCCGCCACACUGCUGCUGGAGCUCCAUGGCUCCCGGUGCAGCCUGGUUGAGCAGCAGCAGCAGGCGGAGGAGAUCGUGCGGCUGAACGGUGGCUCCAGCCUGGCCUGGGCAAAGGAACCGGAGGAGCGCGAACGGCUCUGGGCCAUGCGCCAUAGUGCCUGGUACGCUGCCCUGGCCCUGCGGCCUGGCUGCCAGGGCUACUCCACAGACGUCUGCGUGCCCAUCUCCCGCCUGCCCGACGUGGUGGUGGAGACCAAGCAGGACCUACAGGACUCUGGCAUCACUGGGCCCAUGGUGGGACACGUGGGGGAUGGCAACUUCCACUGCAUCAUUGUCUUCAACACCCAAGACCUGGCCGAGGCCCAGCGUGUCCACGCCUUCACCGAGCGCCUGGGCAGGCGGGCGCUGGCAGCUGGGGGUACUUGCACGGGGGAGCAUGGCGUGGGGCUGGGCAAGAGGGCACUGCUGCGGGAGGAGCUGGGCCAGGAGGGCCUGGACACCCUGCGCAGCAUCAAGACUGCGCUGGACCCCCACAACCUCAUGAACCCUGGCAAGGUGCUCUGA